CGGAAGCAAAGUAUAUAAAGGACAGCCUUGUUCACCUUGAUACCCAUCAUCCAGAAGCUAUCUUAAGAACGACAAUGACAACACCUCAAGUAUCUCUCGGCGGUGAGGCACACGCGAUCAAGAUUGGCCAGAUCGGGUACGGUCUCAUGGGCCUGACAUGGCGCGACGCCUCGACAUUUCCCUCGGACGAAUCGGCAUUUGCCGUCAUGAAGCAAUCUGUCGAUGCCGGCUGCACCCUCUGGGAUGCUGGCGCCUUCUACGGCCCGCCCACGCACUCUGACGCCAACCUGACGCUAGUACGGCGCUUCUUUGAAAAGUACCCCGACUACAAGGAGCGCGUCGUGCUGUGUGUCAAGGGCGGCAUUGUGAUGGACACCUACCGUGAAAAGGGCAUGCCCGGCCUCGCACCAGACAUGAGCGAGGACAAUCUCCGUAAUGAUCUUCGUGAGAUCCGAGAGGCGCUGGGCAGCGAUCAAGGCGGGCACGACGUUGAUCUGUACGAAGUCUGCAGGAUAGACAAGCGGCACACGACAGAGCAAUGGAUGAAGACACUUUUGAAGCUGCGGAGCGAGGGCUUGUUCAAGCACAUCGCUCUCUCCGAGGUCGGCGCUCAGACGAUCCGCGACGCCGCCGCCGUGGGGCCCGUGUCAGCUGUCGAGAUUGAGUUCUCGCCUUGGGAGCUCGAGGCCGAGAAGAAUGGCGUCAUUGAGGCAUGCGAGUCGCUCCAAAUCCCCAUCUUGGCCUACAGCCCCGUCGGCAAGGGUAUGCUGACGGGCGCCAUCAAAUCGCGAGAUGACAUUCCCAAGGGUGAUAUUCGUCUGCACCAGGACAGGUUCAGCGAGGAAAACUUUGACAAAAACAUCCGCCUCGGUCAGGCCUUCCAGGACCUUGCGCAGAGAAAGGGAUGCACUGCUGCGCAGCUCGUGCUGGCCUGGAACAUUGCGCGCAACCCGUCGAUCAUGGUGCCUAUCCCCGGCUCGACAAAUGUCGGCAGGGCCAAGGAGAACGCGGAGAGCGUCAAGGUCAAGGUCACAGACGAGGACGACAAGAGCAUCCGAGACAUUCUCGAGACAAUGGGCGUCGCUGGAGGGCGAUACUCUGCCGUGAUUCGCGCACACGGGUCUCUCUGGGCCUAGCUGUCCGGAUUUAUUGGCGAGCUUGGCGUGUUCCUAUAUCGCGCGUACCGCUGCCAUGGUUCCUGUACCGACACCCUGUCUAGAUCGCAAUUUAGAUUACAUAAGCA